AGCUCAAGUCAGCACAUUCACUCUUUCUUCAGUCGUUUGACAGUCACUCUUUCCUCAUAGCCCGGUGCUAUCCACAACUCUUUACCUUCAUAUUCUUUACCCAAACGCACUUCUUACACAAAAUUCUUCGAAAAAAUUCUCCAUCCAAAAACUACCAUUAUACCCAUCAUCAUGUCCAUGUCCAAGAUCUUCCAGACCGGCGCCCUUUUGGCUGCUCUCAUCUCUACCGCGGCCGCUCACACGGCUGUUAAGAAAUUUGAGGCCGGAGGAAAGACCUAUGACGGUUACUACCAGGGCUCCAAGGUUGACCCCGGUAACCAGUCGCCUGCAUGGUGGACCAACCAGGGUUGGGGAUACCAACCCAUCUACGGUGACCAAAUCAACCACCCCGACAUCAUCGCCCACAAGGACGCCUCUCCUUCACCCUACACUGCCGAAGCCCCAGCCGGUUCCGACGUGACCUUCCACUGGCACCACGAGGGCAACUGCGGCUCCGAUGAACAAGGCUGGGACUGCUCGCACCACGGCUGGACAGCCACCUACCUCGCCGCCUGCAACGGCGACUGCGCCAAGGUCGACAAGACCGCCCUGUCCUUUUUCAAGAUUCAUCAGAAUGCCCUCGUCGACUACCGUAAAGGUCGCUACUCCCAAGGCCAGCCCAAGGAGCAAUCCGGCUUCUGGGGCACUGACGACAUCUUCUACAACAAUGGCAACACACAGACCGUCACCAUCCCCUCUGAAAUCCCCAGUGGAAACUACGUUCUCAGGACCGAGGUCAUGUCUGUGCACAACAACGGCCCCGUCAAGAACCGCCAGUUUUGGCCCCAGGCUUUCAACAUCAAGGUCACUGGUGGUGACAACAGCAAGCAGGUCCCCGCAGGCAAGAAGGGCACUCAGCUGUACAACGCCAAUGACGAUCUGCUUCAGUGGGACCUUUACUGGCACCCGGCUGAGAAGACUAUCCAAGCUGUUCCUGGUGUUCAACUCGCCGCUGUUGCUGCUUCUGCACAGAAGAAGCGCGAUCACCCUAGGGACUUCUCUUCCUAGAGGCUUUCUUCCUUUUUUUGCCUCUUAGGAACUUGUUCCCUAGACACUUCUUCUUCGUCCUACCUUUUUCAUCCUUCGUUCUUUCUUUCACAUUCUUAGGGCACAUUAGACGCAUGCUACGGGGGAUUCAGCUGCGCAGAUAAAAAGGUGUAUAUGGGUCAUUCGGACCUCUGGUACCACCACUUCACUUCUUGUUCUUCUUUUUUUUCUUGGGUGGACUGGUUUCCUCACAAACAUGACUAUCACUUUCUUUGAUCUGAGCAUUUAUGAACCAUGGCUCAUAGCUUUCUUGAGCGAUUGUUUUUUUUUGGCGGAGGGCAGAUAGCAGGAAUCAAAUCUACGGAUUCGUUCAAUCAUCUG